AUGGGGUUGAUUGCACAGCCUCACCUCACCAAGAAACCACCAACCUUCGAGGAAGAAAUAACUGAGGCCAGUGACCCCUGUCCGAAUGCUGCGGCUCUGGGCUUCGCCACCCUCCGGCCCCUCCGACAGCGGAGAAGGCACCGUCCUACCCCGCGGCUGGACACCCGCCCGCCGGGCUGGGCGAGCGCUUCCUGGCAGCGCAGGGAGCUGCUUGCCCCGGGCCCUCCAACACAAACGGAGGAUGCCGAGGUCACACGUUUCCUCCGGGAGGUCCGGGGCAGGGCCGUGGGAGCGGGGCCGGCGCGGGCAGUGGAGGCCAGCCCGAGUCAGGACCGAACGCCACCACAGCCGCAGGGGCAGCCCGCGCCCCUCAGCCCGCCGCGUCCCGCCGCCGGCAUGAGGCGGGCUGGGCCCUGGUGCCUGCUCCUGGCUGCGGCCUGCGCCCUGGGCCGGAGCCCGCCACCCCCGCGGGCCGCCGUGCGCUGCCCGCCCGCCGGCGCCUGCUUCAGCGCCCACCUCGCCAACGUCUCGUAUGCCGAGGCCCGCGGCGCCUGCGACCAGCGGCGGGGCAGCCUCGCCUGGGUCAGCGGCGAGCCGGAGCUGCGCCUGCUGCUGGGGCUGGCAGAGGCGGCCGUGCCCGCGCCCGCGCUGUUCUGGGUCGGCCUGAAGAGAAACGCCCCCGCCUGCACCCACGAGGAGCAGCCGCUCCGCGGCUUCUCUUGGGAGGGCGUCGGGGGUGGGACGAACCCGCAGGAGGUGCCGGCGGCGCUCGGCCGGUGGCUGCAGGAGCCCCUGCGGUCCUGCCUCACCGCCCGCUGCGCUGGGCUGCACCUGGCGGCCCACCCCGAGCACGGCCGCAGCUGGGGCUGGAAGGAGCGGCUCUGCCAGCUGAAAAGCCCGGGCUACCUCUGCAAGUACGAGUAUGAGGGUGCCUGCCCCGACCUCAGUCCCGCGGGCGCCCUCCACCUCGACUACUGGCUCCCCUUCGAGGAGCGCAGCGGCGGCCCCGGCUUCAGCCCGCCGGGCACCGUGCUGACGGUGGCGUGUCCCGGCGGGGAGGUGCGGCUCACCUGCCAGCCCGAGCCGGGCGGCUUCGCCUGGAAGGCGACAGAGAAGCCCCUCUGCCCCUGCCCCUUCGGCGGCAAGAGCUCCGACAGCGGGCGGUGCGCCGAGGCCGCCGGGUGCCGCGAUGCGGGCGGCGGCUUCGCCUGUGCCUGCACCACGGGCGGCCCGGACGGAACUCCCUGCCCGGCCACGGGGCCGGGCCCCACCGCUGCAGGCGGCCCCGUGGAGCCGUCGAGUGCCGGGGGGGAGGGGCGGUAUCCUUCCAUCCCGACACCCGCCGGUUCCACGGAGCCGCCCGCCACCACCACGGCCUCCGCCGGCGGAGAGAAGGCUGCUCCUCCGCCUCCCUCCUCCUCCUCCAACUACGUUUUCAUCCUGGUGACGGUCGCGGUGGUGGUGCUGAUCAUCCUGGUCAUGACCGUCCUGGGGGUGUUCAAAAUCUGCUUUAACAAGAAAUCCGAGGGCCGGGGGAACAAGGAACCGCCGGAGGCCGGCAGCAAGACGGAGACAGGCUCCGCGGAGCCCAGCGGAGCAGCGGGCGGUGAAUAGCCCCGGACCGCCGAGGCCGCGUCCCUCGGGGCUGCGCUGAGCGGCUGCUCCCACCCGGGCCAGCGCUCGGCUCCCCACGUCCCUCCUGCCCCCAAGCCCUGCUGCCGCGGGGAGCCCAGGGAGAGGCGCCGCGGGACUUGGCUGGGCAGGGCUUGCACGUUGCCAGACGCAGGAGCGCGUAGCGACGUUCUUUUGAGGGGAUUGAAGUCUUUGGACAGUCAUGAGUUUUUGUCGGUCUGGAAAACAGUUAUUUCGGUGCUGAUUUCACUUAAAUAUAAAUAGAUCAGCCUGGCCGACAGAGCGAUUGCAGCUGCAAGAAUUGUGCAUUUUUAUCCUCUCAGAAACUGUUCUUCGGGUGCCUUACUUGGAGCAAGCAUAAAGUGGACCAGUUUGAGCACUUGCAUCUUGUAAUUUAGAAGUCACUCCUUGCCCGAGUGCUACUUGGAGGCUCUCGUUUUCAAUCUAAUUGCUGGAACUUUUUGGAGAGGUGAACUGCCAUAAUUUUAGAUGAAACUGCAACCCAUAUACUUUCGUACUGACAUACUUUAAAAAUAAAAGAGCAUUUCUAUACUUAGAAAGUCAUAAAACUGCUGAGGAAGUGAGAGGUUAAUGGGGAGUCAGUUUUAUACUUCAGCUGACGAAAAGAAUAAAGGACGAUGUAAAUCACUGCCCUGUUUUUUAUUUCAUACUCGUUUUUAUUGUAGCAGAGAAUAAAUUUUUCUGUUACAGUUUUUAUCCUAAGUCGUGUUGUUGCAAAACUUGCUUUCUGUAUGCAAUAUGUGGCUCCCUUAGAAUCGGAAAAGGCGCUGACACACUCUACUGCAAGAGGAGUUAACGUGAGUCCAAAUACAUCAUGCAAAUCUCAUUCUUGUUAGUCAGAUAUAUUGUUUUCCAUGGAGUCCCUUGAGAAUAAGGAAAGAUUCACCGUUAGUGCCCUUUUCUAAAUGAGGUAAACACUUCCUCUGUGAUUUCCCUUGGGAAUUCCUGUAGAGGAGCUUUCAUCCUGGCUGCAGAACUUGCUUUCUGUGCAGUUCAGAGUGCUGCUCACUUUAUUAUUAUUAUUAUUAUUAUUAUUAUUAUUAUUAUU